AUGCAGCUAACACGUUGCUGUUUCAUAUUUCUCAUCCAGGGGAGCAUAUAUCUGCUGGUGAUCUGCGGCCAAGAUGAGACAGCAGAAGAGGAGGAAGAAGAAAGUGGAAAAUCACCCAAAGAACAACAAAGAUCCCGGGUACAAAAGAAAAAAAGCCAACUCGCCUUGAAGUCCUCCACGACCCCUUCUCACUUCCAGAACACGACUCUGCUGGAGUUGGCAUCCUCUGAUGCACAAGAGUUUUGGAAUGUCUUAGAGAGCUUGUCCAAGCAGGGCCAAGGCGUGAAACCCCGCGGCCGAAGGGACUCCAUCACCAGCCCCAGUCGGAUUAAGAAAAUAUUCGGCUGGGGCGAUUUCUACUCCAACAUCAAGACGGUGAAGCUGAACCUCUUGAUCACCGGCAAAGUGGUAGACCACGGCAAUGGCACGGUGAACGUCUUCUUCCGCCACAACUCCACUGGGCAGGGGAACAUCUCCGUCAGCCUGGUGCCCCCCAACAAGGCGGUGGAGUUUGAUCUCGAGCAGCAGAUCUUCAUCGAGGCCAAAGAAUCCAAGAUCUUCAACUGCCGGGUGGAGUACGAGAAAGUGGACAAAGCCAAGAAGACCACCCUGUGCACUUACGACCCUUCCAAAACCUGCUUCCUGAACCACACACAGAGCCAGGUCUCCUGGGUUUGCUCCAAGCCCUUCAAGGUCAUCUGCAUUUACAUCACCUUCUACAGCAUAGACUACAGGCUCGUCCAGAAAGUGUGUCCCGACUACAACUAUCACAACAAUGUUCCUUAUUACCCUUCUGGGUGA